AUGUACAUGGAAUUAACCAAUAAAGGACUUUCGAAGCGACAACGUAUUCUUGAAAUAAUGCAAACAUCACAAAUGAGAUUUAUUGAACAACGAAAAACACAAUAUGGAAAUGAUAAACAUCAAUUCGACAUUAAAAUCAUGAUUAAAGAACAAACGUUGUCUACUGUUGAACAAACAUCAAUUAUGGUUAGAGAAAAAGUAGUCGAACGACCAAUAACUUAUAUUGACCUUCAUGAACUUCGAGAUCGAGCACGUCUCAUCGAAUAUUCCAGUAGUGAAGAAAAAAAACUUUCCGAAGAAGAACGCAAUAGACUUCAAUCAUUUGUCAAAAUGGUAGAGCUUAUUGAAACAAUUUUAAAGAAUUUGACAUCAUUAAAUCUUAGUGGUCAUCCAUUUGUAUCCGAAUAUCUCAAACCAGAACGGCGUUUUAGAUGCGAUGCCGGUAAUUUUAACGAAUUGGAAAACAUGUCUGAAGAACUCCAGCAACUGCAAACUGAAUGGAAUGAUUAUUUAUUAAAAAAAUAUCAAGACUAUAUUUCUUUGACUUACUUUUCACAUCAACAAAUAUGGUUAGUGGAAGAAUAUUUAUACGGAGAAGAAACAGAAUCAAAAAAUCCUUUCAGCUAUCAUUUUAUGAAAUUAAUUGGUAUAAAUAUUUCAUUAAUCGAUACAAAACUUUUGCCGAAAAAAGCAAAUAAACCAGAAGAACGGUUAGAAAACAUUGGUCGAAUAUUGAAUACUGCACAUAUACUAACUAUGAUAGAGUCUUCAAGCAAAUCAGACACAAAUAAAAUAGUUUUUCUUGUUGGUACCUCUGAUGAAGGCAUUUUACGUGCAAUACUUUCCAUUUUUCAAUUGUACAAGAUGCCGCCGAAAUAUAAUCAUCUUUUUUACUGCACAUCAGCAACAAGUUGGAUUGAAAUACGAGCAUUUGUAUAUCGUUGCUUUUAUUCGAAAAACUCUCUACAUCAGUUGAUUCGACCUGAACAAUUAUCAUUAUCAGUUCAAGAUCAAUUCACAAACUUAAUCCGUGAGGUAAUUAAAAACAAUCCAGAACAUUCGUUUCGUUUAGCUGUUAUUACAACAGCACCUACUGAUCAAUUGCAAUUGAUCAACAGUUUGAAAAUACUUCAAAUUGUUCAAACAGUAUCCAAUCAUGAAUUACUCAAUGAAGAAAAACUGAAAAAUGAAGUUGAAAAACUUAUUGGUAACAAUUGUUAUUUAGUAACAUCGAGUAUUUCAGGUCUUGGCAAAUCGAUCUAUAUACAGGACGAAAUUCAAUGCAUGAACAAAGAAUACAUCAAAUUUCCUAUCAGUGGCAAUUUCGAUAUCGAUACAAUUGCUGAAAGACUACUACAAAAAACAACACAGUUAUUAUCAUUGCAAGCCGCUAUUCAUCUUGACAUUGGUAUUAUCGAUAAUAUCCAAGAAUUCAAUGAAUUUCUUUAUUGUCUGUUAAUUUUUCGCGCUUUUCGAUCGAGACACACUGCUAUAACGAUUCCAGUCGAUCUCCCAAUAUUUAUUGAGUUCGACUCAUCACCAUCAUCAAUUCGUAUGACAAGUAAAGUUGUCGUCUUACAAUAUUUAUCAAGACAGCAUUUUGAUCGUAUUAAUUGGAAUCAAUUAAAAAUUGAAAAUCGAUUGAAUACACUUUAUGUUGUCAAGUGAUGUGGCAAGACAUCACUGAUUCAAACAUUAUGUCAAUAUAUUCUUGAAGACGAACUAGCAAUUUUUCGUAUCCAUGCUGGCAUUACGAACGAGCAUAUUAUCGAAAAGAUGAAUGAUUUUAAAAGGAAAGCUGAAGAAUGUAAUCAGCAUGAUCCGAAACAAAGAUUGUGGAUAUUUUUCGAUGAAUUCAAUACAACGUCAAGUAUUGGUCUAUUCAAAGAAAUUAUUUGUGAGAGGACAUUACUUGGUGAAGUUUUGCCGGAUAAUAUGGCUUUCUUGGGUGCAUGCAAUCCACAACGACAAAAAACUGAUAAAGUUAUAUUCGAAAGCGACAUUGGCAUUAAAAAAGAUCGCUACGCAGUUGAAAGGUCAAUUCAUGUCGCUGGUAAUGUAUCGCUAUUGUACAGUGUCGUCUCAAUACCUGAGACAAUGCUUGAAUAUGUUUGGGACUUCGGUUUUCUCGAUAAAGAUACUGAAACAAAAUAUAUCGAGACAAUGCUAAAUACUUGUAAAGAUCUACAAUCGGAUUCUAGUUGGUUUCGAAUUACGUUACAACUAGUAGUGACAUCGCAAGAAUUUUUUCGCGAAAACGAAGAUGUCAGUAGUGUUUCCUUGCGCGAUGUGGCUAGGUUCUGUCGCUUAUACAAUUGGUACAUUGAUUGUAUACGUUCAGUUGAUUAUACAGAAAAUACAGUUACAUGCGCAUCCAAAGGAUUAAGUCGUUCGUGUUUAAUUGCUCUCGCUCUCUGUUAUUAUUUUCGCAUAAGUUCUCGUAAACAACGUGGUAGUUAUGUCAACAAAAUUGAAACUAUUUUAAAUACUGUUACUAAAGAGAGUCGAAAUAUGAACAAAUCAUUCAUCGAAAUUUUACAUGACGAACAAAAUGCUCUAGUAAACCGAAUGGAAUUACCCGAAGGUACAGCUAAAAAUCGUGGAUUAAUUGACAAUAUAUUUGUGCUUGUUGCCUGUAUUGUCAAUCGAAUACCUGUCAUACUUUGCGGGAAGCCUGGUUGCGGUAAAACAUCAUCGGUACAAAUUGUAAUGACACAUCUUAAAGGCAAAAAAUCUAAAAAUGUUUACUUUCAACAACUGCCUAUGUUGAUCCCAGUGUCAUAUCAAGGCUCGCAAAAUUGUACAUCGGAAAGUGUAUUCAGAGUGUUUGAACGAGCCAACAGAUAUAUAGAAGAAAAACAAAUCAAUGAACAACUCUUGUCGGUGAUUGUCUUCGAUGAAAUAGGUCUUGCCGAAUUAUCACCGCACAAUCCAUUGAAAGUUUUACACAGUGAACUUGAAGUUGAUACAUGUAGACAUGGCUUUGUAGGUUUAUCGAAUUGGCGUCUAGAUGCAUCGAAAAUGAAUCGUGCUCUUUAUCUUGCAUGUCCCGAUCCCGAUGAAAAUGAUUUACAGUCAACCGCUUCAGCUAUUUUACAAGCAGAAAUAUUAAGAAAUAAUCAGGUUGCACGGCCGGACGAUAAGAUUAUCCAGGGUUUAGUUGCUACCUACCAUAGUUUGUAUGAAUUGAUGAAUAAUGAUCGAAAAUACGAGAGCUAUUUCGGUCUGCGAGACUACUAUGCCAUGAUGAAAAGUAUUGUACACGACUUGGUCGUACCACAACACGGAAAAGACUUGUACGAAAGUAUUCGACGACAUUUGAAAGCCAAUUUUGAUGGCACAUGGGAUGCAUCAGAAUAUAUGUGGGAAACGUUUUGUGAACAUAUUGGACAGCAUAACUUCAUUGGUCGAUAUAAAUCAGUAUCGAAAUUCGAUCAAAUACUUGAUCAAUGUUUAUCAACAAGAACCGGUCGAUAUUUAAUGUUAAUCGGUAAAAAUGAAAGCGUUAUUGAUUAUGUUGAACAACAUAUUCGAUCGAAAUAUAAGACAUACAAAUUUCGAUCGUUAAUUGGCAGCUCACUCUCCGGUGAUCUAUUCGAUGGACGAACGUAUACUGAACGAUAUAACUAUAAAGUAUUGAUGGAUGUUAUUCUAUAUGUUGAAACUAACGUCACAUUGGUCAUGCGUCGCAUGGGUCAUCUCUAUGAUAAUCUCUAUGAUUUAUUCAAUCAAAAUUUUGCUUUUUCAGCACAAAAGAAAUUUUGCAGAAUUGCACUUGGUGAUCUUUAUCAUCCACGUUGUUCAGUUAAUGAUACUUUCUAUUGUAUCGUAUUUGUUCAAGAAGCAGAUUUACCAAAAUGUGAUCCACCAUUUCUUAAUCGUUUCGAAAAACAUGUCAUUGAUAUGAAAAGUUUAGUUCAUAGUUAUCAUUGGUCAGUUCAACUUAAACUUAUUGAAUGGAUAAAAAGUCUUUUACCAACGGAUUGUAAUGAACAUUUUCCAUUAUUUCAACAUUUGUUUGUAGAUUAUAGUGACAAUUAUAUUUGCACUUUAGUACUCGAAGCAUUUGAGCAACUUAGCAUUUCAGUUGAUGACGAAAAUGACACAGAUACAAAUGCUGCACUUGUCUAUUGUCAAGAUAAAUUAAUAGAAACAAGUUCAUUAGAUUUUCCACUAAUACUGUCAUUGAAAACAAAUAAUAAUGAUAACAAUGUUCCUUUGCUUAUUGACAAGUAUUAUAUAAAGCACGAAUCCCUCUUAUUUUCGUCCCUUCUUAAAAGUACCUUCAAACAAACACAGAUACCAAAUAGAGUUAUUUACACGUAUACUCAAAUUUAUGAUUCAAUUGCAUACGGAAAGUACGAAAGUAAAAUUGAAGAAAUCAAGUUAAAUGCUUUCAAAACAGAACUUGAAUUUACAAAACGAAUAAAAUCACAUUACAAAUCAAAAGAAGAAAAACUUCGUUUAUUAUUGAUUCGUGUCGACUAUCACGAAGAUCAUAAUCAUAUACUUUUAAUUAAACAUAUUCUACUCAAUGAACACGUACCGAAUAGUAAUCGUAACGUAUGGCUAAUAUUUCAUCUUCAACGUAAUAUCUUAAAUCAAACAACCAAUGAUAUUCUAUUCAAUGGAUGGUCACCCAUAAUGAUCGAUGAUCUUAACAAAUCGCAACUGAUUUCAAAAAAUACUUUUUUUGAAUCAUCGUAUAUCAGUUUAAUUCGUCAACCUGAUUGUGAACUGACCGAUUGUUUAUUUGAUGAUAUGAUCCCUCGUUGUCUUGGUAAAUUCAAUUAUCAAGUUACUCAUAGAAAACUUCAGACGAAAAUUAAUGAUCGCCGUUCAGAAUUAAUUAACUCUUUUAUGAACGAUAAAAAUAAAGAUAGCCGGACUGAAACGCUACGAUCUAUUGUUCAUAAUCAGUUGCCUAUUUUAAUUGAGAAAUUUGGACUUUCUCAAGAUCUGUUACGUUUGAAUGAUUGGCGUAGAGAUUUAUUAACAAAUCCUACUAUUAUUGGCGCAUGCCGAUCCGUUCUCGAUGCUAUCAAUAUUAUCGUUUCAUCUUUCUAUGAUAAAUGCUUUUUGCUCCUUUUUGCACAUUUGGAAAAAUAUUCGUUUAUCGAUACAUAUCAAUUUAUUUCAAGCCAAGAUAAUCAAGCUACUCGUCAAGGUUUACGUUCGAUUUGGGACCAGUGUCUAAUUUUAAUACUUAAAGAGAUCGAUGUAACUGUAAUUCAAAGGGAUUUAGAUAAUAUAUCAUUUACUUUUGAUUUACAUUUACCAUGCGCUAAAACUGAAUAUAAAAUAAUUCGAAAAAUUCGGGAGAUAAUCUCACAGGAUAUUCAUAAUAAUAAUGAUGAUGAUUUUGAUGAUGAGACAAUCAUGGCGAAAGCAAUGGAACAUUGGCGUAACAAAAGUUUCUAUAGAUGUUUAGAUAAUUUUCAAUUAAUCGAAAAUAAUUGUGACAUAUUCAAGCAUUACUAUCACGAUCAAAUUAUACUUGCUUUAGAAGAAGCAAAAAUAUACCAACUAUCAUCUGAAUUUGCUGAAUAUCUACUUAUGACUAAUACACAUCGAUCUGUUAGCAACCAACUUCAACAUUUAUUAGUUGAUAAUGAAGAGUUAUUUGAAUUACUACGAAUCUUUGAAAUUGCAACAGAACUGAUUGAUGAAAAAAAAUUAAUGAACGAUUUUAAACAACAAACAAUUCAAGGUGAUUCGAUUUUUGAGACUAGUCAAGAAAAUAGUGAACUCUAUACACUGGUGUUAGCCAAAGAAAAACAAUUUUAUUUAAUUCCACCAAAACAAACAAUACAGCGUCAAGAUGAUUAUGAAUUCGAAUGUGAAGGUGAUCCUUGGAUAGAAACCUGUUUAAUGAACUUGAUUGAAUUACUCGUUUCGAAAGCAGUUAUUGAAGACAUAAAAAACAUCGAAAAAUUAUCAAAAACUUACGGUCUCAUUGAACAAGGUGUCUUUGGACUCAAACAUUACACUUGUAAAAAUCUCGAGAAAUUACGGUCAUUCUCUAGUCUUAUGCGUUGUAUAAAAACUUUACUUUCUGAAGAUUCGUGUUCGAUGGCAUUUCAAAAUGCUUGUCGUUAUGCAGGAUUUGCUGGAACAUUUUCUACAUGUGAUAGUAUCGAUAACUUUAUUGAAGAUUUGCGUAAAAUUAUAGUUCAAAAUGAACUUACAUUAAGUAAAGAUAUCAUCGAUGAAACAUUAAUUAAACUUGAAACUGAAUUUUUAAAAAAUUGGCUCAUUGAUCAUAGUGAUCAAUAUGAAAAUGUUCUUCGUUUGAUUGAGAGCAAACAAAAUAAUUUGUGAUCGGAUAAUCCAAUUAUUACUCAAAUGAUCGAUGUACAAACACAAGUCGCAAUACGUUUACACCAGGGAACCAUAUGGGAAGAAGGAAAGUUUAUAUUUAAAUGCUCAGAAAAUUGUAAUUGGAUGUUCUAUUUUGAAAAUUGUGGUCAACCAAAUAGUGAAAGUCGAUGUCCAUUAUGUCACGCUAUAAUAGGUGGGUUUAGCCAUAAACUUCGUAUUCGUGAUCCACCACAGAUAAAAAUGUCGAUUUUGGAAGCAAAUGAAUUUAUCACUAACUUUAUUGAAAAAAAUGAUCAAAACAUUGGCUUUGGUUAUCAUACAAUAAUACCUGCGCAAGAAAGUCAACUGGGAGAAAAAUCCGAUCAUCUUGAUCGACCACUUUCAUUUCGCUUUCUUCAUAUUCUUAGUCAAGGUAUAUUUCUUGUUUUACAUGAACUUGAUCUAUUAAUCGAUUCAACUUUACCUGAUCGAACAUUUUUUCGAGCACAUUUUGAAAAAGAUUAUGAAUUAAUUUGUCAACAAUUAGAUGAUUCAACAUUCGGUGUUACGUGGCUAUUCAAAUUACUUAAUUAUAUGAUCGAUGCACAAUGUAUAUUAAAUGGACAACUAAACAGCAGAAAAAAACUGAUCAAAUUCGAAGAAGAUUUUGAAAAAGAAUUCAUUUUCAAUCAUAUCGCUUCAAUACCGAAUGACAUCAAAUCUUAUUUAAAAAUGUAUGUUGAUUUUGAUGAUAAACAAAAACAGGAAUCAUCAUUAACAAAUCUUGUCGAUGAAAUCGUUGAAAAUGAACGUUAUCCAUUAUUGACUUAUUUCAAUACGACUAUAAUUUAUACAAUAAAUCCGAUUGAUAAAUUACGUACAAAACUUAAAAAUGUUCCAUACGCAAAUAAAUUAUAUCCGAUGACAACAUUUAUUGUUGAAAAUCUCGAAAGAUACGCUAAUAUUCGAUAUCUUUAUCCGAUUGUUUCAUUUACGAACUAUCUCAUUGAUAAAUUUGAUCAUCGCAUUAAACGUAAUGAUGCGGCAUCAGUGACUGUACAAAAUUGUUUUGAAAAGGAUGACUUGAAUAUGGUACCAAAUAUCUAUAUCGAAAAUGGAGAAGAAAGAGAGGCAAUGAUCAAACUCUAUGACGCAUUUAUAGAUGCUUGGUAUAAGCUUACUUUGAAAAAAGUUCAAUUUGGUUGUCAUACAGAACAGUUCGAUUUAAAUAGUGUAAAAAAAGAAGACUUUGCUAAGAAUACUAAAUUAGCUAUGGUUCUGUUAAAUGCAUCUAAAGAUAAAAGUAGUAUUUUACUUGCAGCUUGUUUAAGAACAAUUGGAGAAUUACAAAAUGAAGUUGUUAAAUAUUUUCAUAGAACAUUUGAUACUGAUUCGAUAGAUAAUCAACUACAUAAACAUGUUGUGCCUCUACAAGCCAUUCGACCAGAACAUGUACUUCGUCUUAAUUUUCAUGAUUUGAGUUCUAAAUUGAUAUUGGAUUGUUUCACGAUUAAUUAUCAAUACGGUUUGAGUAAAGACCUUAUUUUUGAUUAUGAAGAAAUUGAAAUGACGCUGAGAAAAAUUAUCAGUUGCUUACCAUUGAUUGAUACAGAUAAAAUGAAUUCUGUCAAUUAUCAAUUCGAAUUAUAUGGUGAAAAUUCAUUGUUAAUCACAGAUAUUCGAAUGCAUGUCAAACAAGAAUCAUUGCCUGUUGACGAACGAAAAAAAUUCAAAGUACGUCUAUCAUCUAUGAAAAAUGAUCAUAUUCUCAAUUAUCUUGGUUCGUUGGAUCAUGUUUUUACAUAUUUGAAAAAUAUUGACAGUGACACAAGCACAAACGUUUUAACUAUUCAACAAUUUGCUGAACAAAAUAUUAGUUCACGUAGUUGUCUUCAUGAAAAUAUAUUUCGACAACAACCAUUUUCGACAAUUUAUCUUAAAUAUAUUGUCGAUUUGUACGAGCUUUUAGAAGAAAUAACAUUUGAUCAAGUUUUAGGAAGUUAUAUUCCGAAUGAAUACUGUGAAAAAUCAUUUUUAGAGUCUGAUCGUAUUAAAAUUAUCAAUGAAUUUAUUAAAAGUACUUAUGCAAAACAAACAAUAUCAAACGUACUCAAACAACCUGAACGUUGGAUUGCAUUAUUGAAACGUAUUAUUGUAAGAAUACUUUUGAAUAUUAAUGUUAGUAGUGAUGUACCAUUACAAUUGUAUCUCGAACGAGCUGAUUUAUGGACAGGUGAUGUCACCGAAAAUGAUAUUCAGUCGUUUUCAAUCAGUAAUGAUAUUCUUUUACGGCAUACCUUUAUUAUUCUGAAUGGAUUGAAGGCCCAACAAACGAAAUCAAAUAGUGACUCUAAUGAAGAAAAUAUCGAAAAAUCCAUUCAAAAUGUGCAUGAGCAGACCAAACAAGCUAUAAAUUGGAAUGAAGCAACAGAAAACGAUGCUGGUUCAAUUCGAGUCAUCAAAGAUGAUAAGAAAAGCAAACAAAAAACAAAGAAAUUACGUGUUUGA